CUUAACAAUAACGUAUCUUAUGAUCUGGAUGUUGUUGAACCUAAAACAAUGCAAAAAGUGUUAUUUGAGUCUAUUUUAAAAGUUGGAAAUAAUGAAUUUGUUGAAAAUGAAAAUUCUGGUGUAGAAUUUUUAUACAAAAUAUCUACUAAUUCCUUAAAAAGUGAACCUCAUGAACUUGCAAAAACAAUUGCCGAAAUAUUAUCAUCUGCUAAACGUCCUCGAAAAAAUGAAAAUCUUGACAAGCAGCGUGAUAGAGGAUAUAUUGAUCAUUUUGAUUGCAAUGGUGUUUUAAAAAUAUCACUUAAUAUAGAAAUAAAUAUAGCAACAAUUGAUCUUCGUCACACUGUACUUCAUAAGCGUCCCGAUAGAUGCAAUACAUCUGAUGACAUUAAAGCUGAAAUAAAAAAAAAUAUUCAUCAAAUGCCUGCAGAUAUUUUUAGACAAUUAGAACAGCAGCAUCCAAAUCUAACUCAAAAACAAGUUCAUGCAUGGUAG